GGAGAGAGGGAGGAGGGAGAGGAAGAGGGGAGGAGAGGGACAGAGAGAUGGAGGGAGCGAUGGACGGAGCAGAGAGGAAGCAGGCGGUGCUGACGGUGGCGUUUCGAUACCUGGACACCUACAGAGAGCUGCUGCAGGAGGAGGGCGAGCGCAGCAACAGCUUCCCCAAGGAGCUGUACAUGUGUGCCGUACAGGAGUUGGCCCAGUAUCCUGAGCUGGUGGAGGACGUCCUGAAACUGCAGCGAUGGACCGAGAUCUUACACUGCCCCUCUGACGAGGAGAAGGAGAGCAGGAAGAAGCAGGUGCGCCCUCUGUUCAGACACUUCAGACGCAUCGACGCCUGCCUGCAGCCCAGAGAGGCCUUCAGAGGCUCCGACGAAAUCUUCUGCAGGGUGUACACUCCGGAUCAUUCCUACGUCACCAUCAGGAGCCGUCUGUCCUGCCGGGUUGGAGAGAUUCUGGCUCUGGUCAAAGAGAAGCUCCAGUACAGCGAAGACCAGCCAGUCCUGCCGGGAAAACUCAUACUGGUGGCCGUGACGUCAGCCGGAGAGAAAGCCGUGUUUCGUCCCAGCGACGAGGCCGUCUUCACCACGCUGGGAGUCAACACUCACCUGUUCGCCUGCGAACCCUCCGAACUCGACUCGCUGCUUCCUCUUCCUGAGGAGAUCCACUGGACGCCGGGCGACAGUAAACUCCACGACAUGUCGGCAGAGGAGGUGGCCAAUCAGCUGGUGGUGUUCGACUGGGAGCUCUUCAGCUGCGUGCACGAGGUGGAGUUUGUGUGUUACGUGUUUCACGGAGAGCAGUCGUGCUGGCGCCCCCUGAACCUGGAGCUGGUACUGCAGCGGUGCAGCGAGGUGCAGCACUGGGUCGCCACGGAGAUCCUGCAGUGUCAGUCGCUGCCGAAGAGGAUCCAGCUGCUCCGCAAGUUCAUCAAGAUCGCAGCGCUCUGUAAGCAGCAGCAGGACCUGCUGUCCUUCCUCGCCGUGGUUCUGGGUCUGGACAACCCGGCCGUCAGCAGGCUGAGGCUCACCUGGGAGGGUCUGCCGGGGAAGUUCAGGAAGCAGUUUCAGCAGUUUGAAAGCAUCGCGGACCCGUCCAGGAACCACAAGUCCUACAGAGACCUGAUCACCAGCCUGAGGCCUCCGCUGAUCCCCUUCACUCCUCUGCUGCUCAAAGACUUGACGUUUCUUCACGAGAGCUGCAAAACGUUUCACGGUGAACUCGUCAACUUUGAGAAGAUGCACAAAGUGGCCGAGAUGGUGAGGAACAUCAGACGAUACAGGAGCAGCCAGCUAGCCAUAGAUACGGAGAUGUCUCCCUCCCACCUGCAGACCAAGGCCUACGUGCGGCAGCUGCAGGUGAUCGACAACCAGAACCUGCUGUUCGACAUGUCUUGCAAGCUGGAGCCCAAAGACACAUAGAGGGAGGAAGGUGGAGGAGGAGGAGGAGCUGAGGACGUCAGAGGGAGAGGAAGACAGGACGCCAAGCCUGGACGCUUCAGUCCUCCUCCUCCUCCUCAAACAACACUACAGAGGACUCGAGCUGCGGUCCAGACUUCACGUUUACACCCUCAGAGGAGUUCUGCUGGGACCCUUCCAGGGACCGGCAGUCCUUGCUCUGCACUCAGAGGCCAUUUACCCCUAAAAAGUGGGAAUUCUCAUUCACAGGAACGUUCAGGAAGCUUUCAGGACUGAAAGGAUUUGGAAAAGGAUUAAAAGUAAAAAUAAAGAAAAAGCAGAUCUCGCGAGACGAGUAUCCGUGAGCCCAGACCAUCCAGAACCUGAAGCCUAAACCCAACAACUGUCCUGCAUCAGCACGACACUUUGAAGCUGGAGCUGCAGUCAGAGUCAUUUCAAAGCCCAAACACCGAAAUUCAAACCUCAGUUUAUCUGUUUAGUGGACGUCCGAGCACCGCGGCACGAAACCCCCGAGUGCUCAUCGAGCCAAACAUUUAAAUGUGAAAUCAAAUCAGAUUAACCUGUAAAUCAGAAAGUGCUGAAACCAUACGUGGAGAGAGAAACUCCAAACACGAGUCGGGACUGAAUGCUCUCCGACUCCAGGCUCCGCCUCCUGCUUUUCCUCCUGUGGCACUCGACCACUCAGAUUGCAGACAAUCUGACGGCUGACCUUCAGCCGCUGUGAGCGCCUAAGACGGCGAGAGUAAAGACGUUCCAGGUCUCAGAGCGCCUCGACCACGUGAAAUGAGCAGAAGUGUGGAGCUGACAAUGGCGGCGUUUCUUUAACAGCCAUCUUGGAUUCUUCAGCUCUGAGAUCCACGAGCGUCCACAGGCUGAGGAGCAGCUGCAGGUGUGGACCCGGUGAAACCGGAGCAGCUCUCCUGCAGGUGGAACUGGUCCAGUUUUCAAACUCCCGGAUACGAGUUUGGAUCUCGUGCAUUUCAUCGAGUUUUCUGUCAAAGUCAGCCACUUUCUCUCACAUCAGAGCUUUCCAGAACAUUCCUGAACACACCGGACUCUGAUGAUGCAUUCACUGACCAUGUCAGACACACCACGGACACUGUGUGAGGUCAUCGCGGUGCGUUCGAGGACGUGUAGAUGCUGGUUUUCUACCGUACGACUCCGGAGAGCACCUCGGUGUUUCUGUUUCAGGACUUUGAUGAAGGUCAGCGCCCGUCAGCUUUUAAAGGACCACGCCCGUGUUUUUAAACCUCUCGGCUGUCGCUCAGCUGAACGUGGGAAUGGGGUCUGUUUCAGGUUCAGUUCUGUUCACUCUGAGGCUCUUAUACUGAAAGGGUUUCUAGCGGCUACAGUCUGAUCUGAGAGCAGAUGAAAUGAACCAGUAAAACCAGUGUGUUUUGAGCAGUGCAGACAGGUCAAAGACCAAAUCUGUAAUCAGGCUGAGGUGCAGACAAAGUAGAGACAUGAGGAAAACCUGAGGAAUAAAAGAAGCAGGAAAUAAAACAGAAGUGACUGCGACACUUAAAGAUGAGCGGCUCUUACAAAGGUCGUGUUCCAGUGACGCUCGAGGAGCAACCAGUGUUUGUCCUCAUGCUGCUUUAUGACCGACGUCUUUUCGUGUCAUUAAUUCAGAUUUUCAGUCGUUCUGAUGUAAAAAGGAGGUUUGAGCCUGUUCGUGACGCUUAACUGCGAAACUUCAGUGAAGUGUGAAGUUACACACAUUUCCAGAUAAGCUUGUCUGAUCUGAUCAAACUAACAAUCCUCUGAUUCUCUGAACAAAAGUGAUUCACACCGAUCGAUGGAAGGUUUUAGGGUUAGAAUACUUCAAGCAUGAUAACAUAUUGAAUAAGUCAUCUCGCAUUAAUCGAGCGGUCUUGGCGGCUCUGGCGCAACGUCGCGCUUCAUGGUGGUUUCUCAGUGUGUGGCGGCGUUUUGUCCGGUUAAACUGAGGAUAGGUCCCACCGGUGACCGGAGCGCUCUUACGACGAUUAACAGUGUGCGUCACAAACCUGCGUCCACACCAGGUUCACUCACUAGCCGCAGGUUUUACUUAUCUUUGGGCGAGCUGCUUCUGGCCCUCGGGCCGUAUGUUUGACACCGCGCUGUAAAACCUGAAGUUGGUACGAUGCUCGGAGUUUAUCAGGUUCUUUCUCUCUACCCAGAAUGCACCUCUCCUCUGAGGGUCGGGAAUCCGUCAAGCUGAAGGAAAACACGGGUGUGGUCCUUUAAGAACGCUGCUGGUCGUUGGCUGAUUGGACUGAUGAUCACGUGACAGCCGAUCGGCUGCGCUCAUGCCGAAGUCACGGACACAGAGAAGUGGGCGGAAACACUUCUUCGCUCAACGCUUGGAUCUAACUGCUGUCACACCGACCAACCAAUCGGCUUUAAGGAAGGACCCCUGACCGCCCUCACAGAGCUGCCCUCCCUUCGGUUGACUCGGCGCAUCGGGGUGGUCGGGGUCCACGGCAAUAAGAGUAGUGGCGGGAAGCGAAGCCGGUCGGUCAGCGCAUGGCGUCAACGAAGCACUUUGGCGAACCUCAGGGCUCAGAGACACACAGAGGUUUUGUUUACUCCUUUUCUUGCUUUCAGUAGAGUUCAGUUCAGCUGUGUUGCAAUUGGUUGGUUCUGUGUUUGUACAGCUGAUCACACUUCAGUCAUAUUUACUCCAACAAUAAUAAUAAUAAUAAUAAUAAUGAUAAUAAUAGAAUCUACAGAGCUGUUGUUUUUAUGCUGUGAGCACCGCCAGGCCUGAGCGCAGACGUCAAAGAGCCGCUCACCUGACGGCAAAGAAGAAGAAAGUCAGUCUGAAGUCCUUCUGCUCGACUUUUAAUGGCCUGCGGGUCAGGUGGUACAGAAGGUUAGACCCUGGACAGGUGUGCCGGAGAGCUGACGUCGCUCAGCUGGUUCGGCUACUCCAUCGUAUACCGCCCGCCGCUCUUUGCCCACAGAGUGAAUGUCCUACGUGUCCUCUGUGGGCCUCCGUAGGCGCGCUGCCCGAAGCACACCUUGCCGACCGUCGAGACAAAAGGACAAAAGGCUGACGCCUUCUUCUUUCUUCAGUUCACGUCGAGUUUUUAAAAAAUCUGAUUCCCAGGAAAAGACUUCCAGACGUCCGUGCUUGCUUCUCUCGGCCGAAUCCUCGAUUGUGAGGACAGUCUCAGUGAUCUGAGGCGUGUCUCAUUUUGCCUCUGUCUCCUUUUUCUGAUCCGGACACUUUUUGGUACUUUCCCUUAUCGCCUGGACCCUUUCAGGGGAACGUAACAAAAUCAUCAAGUUCACAGCAUCCUUCAGUCUGAACAGAAGGUUUUUGGAGAUGGAAGACGUUCGGGAGCUGGAAGUCUUUUCCUGCUGCGUCAUCACGUUUUUCUUUGACUCGGUCUGAUGAGCCCGAUCUCUUUGUUGGACUGAAGCUUCGCUGCGUCAGGGCGGCUCAGCUGAAAACGUGUAAAUGGUUUGAAAACGUUCUCUGUGCUCAGCUCUGGUGGUCAGUGAGACUUCUUCAUUCUCCAUCUGUACCAUAACAUCCUGUUUAUGAAAGCGAGGCCGGUCCCGUCCAGAAACGAGUCCUCAGCACAGCCCAGAGCUGCUCGUACCUCUGUGAGUCCCCUUCACUUAAACCGGGCUUUUGGGAAGAACCUGGUGGUUUAAGCACUGAGUAAUGCCUCAUUUUCACUCGUCAAAUUGAGGCUUUUAGUCCCAGCUUGACCGUGCAGGUUACUUGAUUCUGGACCGGACGAGAGCUUCAAAACGUCUUCAGCUCAACAAGACCUUUUAUCCGAUAUGGAGCUCCGAGGAAUGCAAGUUUGAAUUUUCAGGAACACGUUUGUGUUUCCCAAAAAAUGAGACAGAAAUCCAGAUUGAAGACUGCAAAAAGUUAAUUUGAGGUUUAAGUCAAACUCUGAAUUUCACUAUUUGAGAGAUAAAAAUUUUACAAGGAGUCCAAAUGUCCAACAGCAAACCCAAGAAAGCAAGUCUGACUAAAGCUUCAGUGCUUUUUCAUGGCUUCAGUAAAGGCAUAAACGACAGGAGUUGAGGUGGUCUGCAAAGUGGCUUGCAGAUUUGCAGAAACUACUGGUCACUGUAGGAGAACAGGCGGUGUGCUGGGAUAGCUAUCUGAGCCUGAACGUUAUAUUCAGUCGUUCUCACUCGUCAGAAAUCAGAGCCACACAAAGUUCGCAGGUUUGUUUCAGUUCCCCAGAAAACAAGUUUUAAAUUCAAAUACUCAAAUUAGAAAUUCAAGUAGAACCUAAACGCUGCCGUUUGAGUCUCAACUUCCAAGAAAAUGAGUUUUAAACUGAAGAAAUUUGAAGUUCAAUGGAUGAUGACUCAGAAUUCGCAAGUGUGCUCUCUCUGUCUCGAAUCCCAACAACAACACGUUCAACGUUUGAACUAUAAAAUGUUCCCAAAAAUCGGAGGUCCAGAGCAGCUCCCUGUGAUUUGCAUUGUUCCCUCCAGAGUUGAAGAACUCUUUAUUUGAUAUUAAAGGUCUUGUCGAGGCGGCGACGUUAGCGGCGGUUUUGGCGGGUACAAAGUGUGAAACCCAGCGAAGAUUACUAUUAGAUCAUCACUAGUCUGCCGGUGGCUCUCUCAGGACCACUUCCUGGGUGUCAGGCGCUCUAUCGUGGAUCCCACCGUCGUCCCCGGCAGAAACGGAUGUCCUGAGUCUCGACUCUACCCUGAUUUAAGCAAACCUCAUCUCGCACAUUUCCGAUCUCACAACCUCCUGCGGCAAACCUUCCUGUUUCACUGACCAAUCACGGUUUCUGCCUGCACUUCGCUGGGAUCCAUGAUUCUGGAAGGCGGGCGGCCUCUUGGGUCGAGGCCGUCUGCGCUGUCGCCUGAACAAAAACACUGAAAAAAUUAAAGUGUACAUAUUGCAUCCGUGUAAAUAGGAAAAUACUAACGGAGACUAUAUUUUAUGUAUGAGCGGAGAGAGAGCAGCACUAACUCAAGGAGAAACUUUAAUUUGGUGUUUUCUAUUUGUAAAAGUGAGAUAAAGUGUAAAGUGAUGACAGAAAGAAAUGAUUCUGACUUUAUGAAUUGUACAGUUAACGCCUCAGUUUGACCGUUCUGUUGUUUUCUAUCUAAAGCUUUGGGUUCUUUUUGUUUCUUCUUUUUUUGUACAUAAGUGGUUGUUUACAUCGAUAACGAGUCCUUAUUUCUGUGACGUCAGACAGACGAUGUCAGUGGAGCAGAGGUCUGAUGGGGGCGGGGCUCGGAGGGAUGGCAUCGUAACACAAAACACUCAAAGAUUUUCAUGUAUGGUUAAACAGCACUUUAAUAAUAAUAUAAAAAUAAUAAAAUAUGACAUUUGCAGUUUUACAGGAAAAAAUGUAAUCGUUAGAUUUUAUUUUAGAUUUCCAGAAAUAAGAGAACAACAAUAAAAAGAAUUUGAUUUCAAGAAUGAAGUUUUUCUGUUAUAACUGUCUCUGAUCGUUUUAAAAAGUCAAUGUCACAUGAAGUUUGUAUAAUAAGAAACAUUAUUAAUAUUAUAAAUAUUAAUUUGUGGAACUUCUGAGAAUAGGUUGAAAGUGUUUAAGAUUUUCUCAGGGUUCAAUAUCAUGAGAUAAAUAAAUGAACUUUAUCACAUUACAUGAAAAAAGUCAUUUUAAAAAAGUUUUAUUACACAAAGUAAUUUUAAGCUGAAAAUUAGCUUUCAUUUUUUGUGAGUUUUAUAAUUAUUAUAACUAAUAAUUAUGCAAUGUAAUGAUUUAAAACGUCACGUUCUAAUACAGUGGUCCCUCGCUGUAACGCAGUUCACCCGUCGCUGCUUUGUUUCUCUUCUUCUUUUACAGCACCUUCUGUGUCCUGAUUGGCUGUAGACCACUGCCAAUCACUCUCCUCCGUGCCGUGUCUCCUGUACAGGGUUCAGCUUGUCACAUUUACAUAGAUCUUCAGUCCCAGCAGUGUGACUCUGCGGUGCUGUACUGUAUGUUUGUUUUCUCCCCAACAAACACAAAGGCUCCUGCGCGAGCACCCAGAAGGCAGCGAAGACGCUAACCAUCGCACAAAAAGUUGGACUUCUGGACAGGCUAAAGGACGGUGGAAGUUACCGUAUUUUUCUGAUUAUAAGGCGCAUUAAGCGAAACAAAACAGUCAGAAAAGUCAAACUUUACUCAACUCGUUCUUGCUUCCUCCACUUCCGUACUAUUGAUUCAUUAAUGCUGAUUCUGUGGCAGCUGCUCUGUUCCUGUUUUCUGGACCUGAAAAGAGGCUUUGAAAACAUUCUGUAAUGCUGGACUUAUUUUUCUACAAAGGUUUGAACUUUCAGAGUGUUUAAACAAGAGAAAAGUGUGAAAAGUUGGCUACUUAGAACGUAACUCCUGCGAUAAAUGAGGGACGACUGUAUUACAAAACUGUGACUGUUCUUGAAAUAAUUUGUGUAUAAUUGUACAAAGAGAAGCGUCAGACUGGACGGACGUUUCACAGCGAAAUUCCAGUUUUAUUUGUAAUUUUUAAAUUCAUUGUAUUACAUUAUCAUGGAACAGGAGUCGUUCAAGAGCAAGUUUCAAAUUUUUAAAAUAUAUCAAGUAAAAAGCUGAACCAUUAAAAAAAUUACAACCCACAGCUUCCACACUGUUGUGAAAAUAUGUUUUUAAUUGUAUAUCAUUGAAUUAAGCUCAUAAUUAUUAAUGUUACGGUUCAGGUUGUUCUCGUUACUGUUUCCUAUAAUUACAACAUUACACAUACGAACUCACUCUCUCUCUUCUUGGUUGAACCUUUUGUCAUAUUUGUUCCAUAAAAUGAAAACACUCAGAUUAUUUGUAUUACUGCACUUUAUCUCGAGAUGUUUAAUUGUUACACAUCAAAUGUUAAAGCAGAGAGAAGACGAGCGUAGAGAGGCUGUGGAUAAUUCUGCUGAUUGGAGAGCUAUUGAUUAGGCAGCUCUGAGGGGAGGGUUGAAAGUAAAGCCAACCAGCGAGAGGCCCCGCCUCCCGCAGACCUGCUGUCACACUACAGACACUGAAAUAAAACCUCUGGACAACAA